UAUCGCCGCGCGGUGCGUGCCGGGAGGAGCAGGGGGGAUAAAGAUGGCGACGCGCGGGCUGAGUCUGACUGAGCUAUCCAGUGGAAAUCCUAUAUAUGAAAAAUACUAUCGACUGGUGGACCCAGGCAACACGGGUCAGGUGGGCGCCGCACAAGCAGUGGUCUUUUUAAAGAAGUCUGGAUUGCCCGACCUGACGCUAGGCAAGAUUUGGGAAGUCGCCGACCCGGAGGGCAAAGGCUACCUUGAGAAACAGCGACGGUAUUGACGCACUCAGGCACGCGCAUGCUCUCUCUCGACUACGCCUUGCCCCACAGGGCUUUUACGUGGCGCUGAGGCUGGUGGCGUGUGCGCAGAACGCUCUCAAUGUCUCCCUGAGCAGCCUCGACUUCCCCGUGCCCGUCCCCAAGUUUGAGCUCGAUAGCCCAGCGAUGAUAGCUCCUCCUCAAGGCCCCGACAUCCCCUGGGCUGUCAAGCCGGAAGAGAAGGCCAAGUUUGACAGCAUCUACGACAGCCUGAAGCCCCAGAAUGGUCUCCUGUCAGGAGAGAAGGUCAAACCUGUGCUGCUCAACUCAAAACUUCCCGUGGAGACGUUGGGCCGGGUGUGGGAUCUGAGCGACAUCGACAGAGAUGGUUUCCUUGACAGGGAUGAGUUUUCCGUGGCAAUGUACCUCGUGUACCGGGCCUUGGAAAAGGAACCCGUUCCACUCGCUCUGCCCAUCAAGCUCAUCCCUCCGGCCAAGAGGAAACCGGGUCUCGUGUCGUCCGCUUUCGCUCUGCCAAAGGUACAGAGCCAAGCGGUGAGCGCGGCAGAGAGAUUCAAGUACGACGAAAUGUUCACAAAACUGGACAAGGACGGGGACGGUCAGGUCACGGGCCUGGAGGUCAAGGAGGUGUUUAUGAAGACCGGCCUCUCUCCCGCCGUCCUCGCUCAGAUCUGGGCGCUGAGCGACACACGGCAGUGCGGCAAGCUGACGAGGGAUCAGUUCGGCAUGGCCAUGCAUCUUGUGCAGGAGAAGAUUGGCAGGCGAGCCAGCCUCACCACCGGGACACCGCCCUCUCCGCCGGACCAAGCCACAGCCACGACAGCCGCCACCGCAGCCACGGCCGUCACCACCUCCGCCACCGCCGAGCGGAGACCGUCGCGAACGGAGAGUCCACUUCUCCCUGGUGGGCUCACAGACUUCUCAGCAAUCAAAGCCCUGGAUGCCAUUUCAGACGUACACAGGGAGAAAAGCGCGGCAGAGGCUGAGAUCAAGGACCUCGAGGAUGCCAACAAGCAUCAUGCGGCAGAGGUGCAGGAGCUGCAGAGCGAGUUGGAGAGAGAGAGCAGUCGACUCCGAGCGCUGGCGGCCACGCGGGAAGAGACGGAGCGGCGGGCGUCCGAGCUCGAGACGGAACGAGCAGAGUUGGCCGAGAGGCUGGCCGACACGCGGCGGCAGUGCCAGAAUGAGGCCAACCUGAUCUCGUCGCUGCAGACGCAGAUGGCGCAGCACGAGGAGGGCGUGCGCACCGGCCGCCACGAGAUGGCCGAGGCUCAGGCGCUGCUUGCGAGCCUGCGGCAGCAGCGCUCGCGGCUUGAGCAGGAGGUGCAGGCGAGCGGCGCGCGCCUCGACGCCAUCACUGCCUCCGUGGCGGAGGCGCAGAGCGAGGUGGGGCAGACCAAGGUGUGCUUGACGGAGCUCAUCCACAAGAGCGAGCGACGCAGCAUCCGUCGCAGCGUCAGCCGCCAGAGCAACACGAGCACCAAGUCGUGCUCGCCCGUGUCGCCCGGCCCGCCCGGCACGCCGCCCAUGCGGGCCUUCCGCUUGCCGUCCACCACCGCUGCCAUCACCGCCAACAACAACAAUGCCGUUAACAACAAUAACAACGCCGUCGCCACUGCCCCGCGCAACACCACUCCCAGCGGCGCGGAGAACGGUGAACAACCGGAUGCGGAGACGAGCAGCCUUGGGGAGGCGGUGGACGGCAGAACGUCGUCCGAUCAUGACCGCGCGGCCGUCGGCGCCACCACCAACAGCAGCCCUGUGAGUUCCAUGAGUGGGCUGAGCGUGAGUUCCGGCAUCACAGAAACCAAGAUGGAGGAGAACAACCCGGAUCUGGAUGAUCCGUUCCGCAGCGCCCCACCCAUAUUUGCAGACUCUUCACUCUUCUCCUCCAGCGACCCGUUCAAGGCGGACGAAAUAUUCAAAGACCCCUUCAAAGGCCAUGACCCAUUUAAGAGUGACCCCUUUGCAACGGACGACACUUCUCCAGGCUUCUCGUCGGACCCGUUUGGCGGAGACCCCUUCAAGGACAGCGACCCAUUUGCGGCGAGCGAGCCGGAGGAGAAGUUCUUCAACGCGAGCGCCGUUCCUGCCGCGGCGCCAGCUGGGAACAGCAGCAGUGACAAUGGCAGCGCUGUCCCUGCCUCCCAGGACGACCCAUUCAGCGCCUUGAACUCUGACCCCUUCGUCAUGACCGUUGAGACCUCUGCCGCUCCCACCGAUUCUGCGGAUCCGUUUAAAAGCAACGACCCCUUCAAGCCAGGAGGAGUUAUGAUUGGCAAGGCCUCUGCCAGUGACCCCUUUGCGACAGUGGAUGGGUUUGAAGAUGUAGGCUUUGGCGACUCUUUUGCCGACUUCAGCCAGAUGUCGUCGCCAACCGAGAACUUGCCUACUGAGGACGAUAACAACGACGGUGCGGGCACGCCGCCGGAGCCUCCGCCGCGAACCGCCGCGGUCUUCGCGGGAGGGCAGCCGCUGGCCUCCUCCUCCAUCGCCGUGGAGGAGCGGGCGGCACUGGAGUGGGAUGCGAAGGAGCGCGAGUCGCCCGUCGUUCCGCCGCGCAAGAGCAAGACGCCCAGCCCCGUCGCGGUGGCCCCCAAAGAGGAAGUUCUGUCGCUCAAACGCAGCGAGUCAAGAUCUGACAAGGCCGAGGUUGAACACAAGAUCAGCAACACCUCCAGCCCGGAUCCAUGCACAGGUGUCUCCGGUGCGGGCAGCGACGCCGUGAAGGCGUUGGGGAAGCCGGGAAGCUUUGACGACCCCUUCGCUGGCUCCGACCCGUUUGCCUCCAACUCGCCCAAGAAUCCGGCUGCGAACACAGGCAGCAAGUUCCCAGCGUUCAAAAAUAUCGUGAGCGAGGAGGACCAGCUGGCGUGGGCCAAGCGCGAGAGCGAGCGCGCCGAGCUGGAGCGCCAGCAGAGGCUGCGCGAGCAGGAGCAGGAGGAGCUGGAGCUGGCGAUCGCGCUCAGCCAGUCCGAGUCGUCUUCGACCGCCUGAGCCGCGUCGGACCCCGCACUCUGACCUCGUCGUUGCAGCUCCCCCCACCGAUCUCUCCCCCUGUCUCGUACUCUCUCAAGCUUCCCCCCACCCCCUUCCCAGCGGCUCUCCGGCCGGUGACGGAAGCUACGGCCCACGGGUCAGGGUUCGGCGCGGGGCUUCAUUUCAUCCGGCCCACAGUCGCCACACACAGUUGGCCUGCCGCUUCUAAACGGCGCGCUAAACGAUAUUUAUCCGUCACCGCAAGCAUCUUCGCCGCUCUUAUCGGGCACUGGGGGGUAGAGAUAUUUUAAACCUGGCGUCGCUCUGAAUCUAAUUUUCGCUCGCCAAGUUCCUUUUGUCCACCGCGUGGGCUUUUCGCGGUGACAGAAGGACACUGAGGUGUGUGCGAACGUGUGAAUGUGAAUGUAUGGCUCUGUCAAAGCUUGAGGUAAAGGUUCUCAACCUCCCGCUUUAAGGAGGAAGCGUGAAGAAACGAAACUAUUUAAAACUACUAAACUAUUUUUAAUUUUACCAGGUAAGGCCCACUGAGCUGUGUUGCUCUUUUCUUGCAUAAGCGACUUGGCCACAUAUAAUAGCUCAACUAGAAGUGGUAUAUCACGUGGAAAUUUAUAGCAGACAGAUAACCGAAGGACCCGAAGAAAAAUCCAUGCGACCACGGGCAGAGAGAGACGCGCAAACUGCAAAUAUGCAUCAGGCGUCAAGGGUCGGGAUUGAACCCACGCACUCCUCCAUACCAGGGACGGAGUUCCACCGUCGGAUGAAAGACAUCGACGCGGUGAAUCGGGGCGUCGUGGCAGCUAGAUUAACGUACCGACAGAUGGUGGGACCGAGGGUUAUCGCGUGAAUAUUUUUGCGCGUAAGUUUAGCAGAAGAAUUCUCCUCCGCUCCUUGUGCUUUUUAACGAACUCGCGGAAAUUUUGACCGAGGGCGUUAAUCGUGGUUUGGAGAAUCUCACAAAUACAAUGCCUAUAAACGUAUUUAUUAGUAUUUCAUUCAAUUAGAAUGGCUGCUAUUUCCCUACGAUAUUCUCUACAUAUUUCCACACGUUGCAUGCUUUAGGGUAAGGGUUUUUGCAGCAGUUUAACAUGUUAAAGGCGUCAACGUGUAAACAAAAAGGAUGCGUCUCAUACGGUUUUCCGAACAAUUUUAAUUGCUCUUUAGAGGUUUAUCAGUGUUCAUCAAUAUCUGGCGUAUUUUUGAAAAACCACCUUGCAGUGGCCUUCAUACGCCUAAGAUUAUGAACUCUAUCUCGUAUACAUGCAUCUCGGCAUUUAAUCUUCACCGAAAAUUUUGAGCGAGAGCUCCGUUCGUCCCUCGUUAGUGAGGUGGAAAAGGGGAGUACAUGGCAUCGCCGAAGAAAGGCGUGUGGACGAGACAUUUUUCAGAAGAUAUCCUCCCCGGCGUUCGUAGCUGCGCGCGUGGUGGGAGGUGCUGGGAUGUCUGAAGUUGAUCUUGCUGCUUUAAACCUCCACUACAUUGAAUGUAUGUUUCAUUGGUGCCGCUGCCAUUGAGUCGGGCUUGGUUGUUGUGUGUACCCCGUUGGUGGGUGUGUCUCUAUGUGUACGUGUGUCUAUGCGUACGCACGCGUAUGCUCGUGUGCGUGGGUACGUGUGUGGGUUCGAUGUCUGUGACGGUAGGUGUUGCCGGUCGCCUUUGUUGAAACGUCUCUCCUGAAGCUCCCCACUCCUAGCGGUUGUUGUCCUCUGUUCGGGUCCGCCAAGUAGUUACGUGUUGCUCGCAACGCACACGGGCCCUGGAAUGUGCGCGUCGCUUCUUUGUGUUCUUGAUGCAAAAGCAACAUGCGCGUGCGCACAUCCUGUGUGUCUCGCUCUCUCUCUCUGUCUUAUCAGAGUGUUUCUGUCCUUGCGUUUCACUCCGUGUGUAUCCGUAUCACUCUUUAUCCUUCUCUGACUACAUAUUUCUGAGUGACCGUCUCAAUAUUUCUACGUUUGUGCUUCUCCUUGCCUCUCUCCCCGCCUUAUCCAUGUCCGUGUGCGUUUGCCUCUUCGUGUUGAAACGGGACUGCUUUUAGAUCAGCAUCACGGGGAAGGGAGAUUUUAAUUGAGUCGCAGGCCGAGCAAGUCUUGGAAAACUGUAGACAUUCUAGCCACUUGCAUUUAAGCAAUCUUAAUGGACAUAUCAGCAGUGGGUAUAUUGGGUGGCUGGGAGAUUAUGGUGUUUUGGGGAUUCUCAAUCCAUUAAUUAUCUGGCUCAUCGGUAACAUGAAACAUCUUAUUGUGGACAUGAAGUCGCAUUGCAGACCUGUUACAACAUGUGACUGCUAUUCCUGCGUGUGGUGCGACUCAUCAUCAUUGUUCCGAGGUCCACUAAAAUAGGUACUCCUUUGUGGGAAGUCAUCAACAUGCUUUUAACCCAUUGAUAGACUGGUUUUCGCCAUGAGAAUGUAGACGUUAUCCCUUUGUCAAACGGAGCCGCCAAAUGCUCAUUGGAGCGUCAAGACACAUUGAUAAAUCUCAUACACUCCAGUGCUCCCGUUUUGCCUUACGGAUUCAUUGAAGCUUCAGACCAACUCCCCCACCCCACCCCCCCAUAUACUUCUUCAGCGCAUUCCGUUGCAUCGCAGUGCUGCCGACUUCAAUUCACGCGCCCGGUGCGAUGAAUGGUUUGCUCCGUUCGUUCGGUAACGCCGCGUUAGGGUAAUAAUGGGGCUUCUCAAAACUCCCUCGGCCCUUUCACCCCCUCUCUUCAUCCCCCCCUCCAUCCCCCCCACCAACCCCUAUCACAGCCGAUCCUUUCACGUUGACCGAUCAACAGACGGUUAAACCGUGGUAAGAUUUGCCUGUGGUGAUGCUGAUGAACGCACGGGAUUUAGUUCAGGAUUUUUUUUUUUGCCGAGCUUUGAGUUGUGAGCACGUGGAUCGUUGAAACCUGUGGCUUGCGCCCCUUGCCGGACACUUGUGAAUUCAGUGACCGUGUAUCCGACGGUUUCGCUUGAAAAGAGGGCGACGUAGCUAUGGUCUGAACCACUUCCAGAUGCAGUUUGAUCGCAAUAUAUAUAACUGCACAGAUACUUGCGUUGAGUGUCACGAUGGGCAGCGAGAUGCUCAUUACAUAGCGCGUACGUCGGGCGGACUCGGAGCGAACGAACUUGUCACCCACGCCGGGGAUGGCGACGGUGCCGCUUUGGGUGUCGCGAACGCAGCCAUCGCCGCCAUCCACGGGCCACAUUUCCUACAGCUGUAGAAUACUUCAUAAUGAAGGGGGGGGGGGGGUUAUUUUGCGUAAAUAUGCAAAUGUGUCGUUAACCCGCCACCGGCCGACGCAGCCAAUUAGUAAGGUUUGUCGUGUAAACAAAACGUGCCAAUUAGUUAAUAGUUCCGCACACCCCGGUGUGUUGGGGAGUAAACGCACAACAUUUACAAUUUACUCUCCAGCACACGUGCUGUUUGUGACAAAUCUCACUAAUUGGCUGUGUCGGGUGGUGUUGAGUUAAAGACACAUGUGUAUGCGAUCUAACCCAACAAAAACACCUUUAUUACGAAUAAUAUUUGUCGCGAAAACCUGCUACGUGUUAAGCUGUAGAAUUGCUUCAACCUUCGCAUUGACAUUCCAAAUACGUGUUAUUCAUUCGGUCGAUGUUUGGAACCUUUUGGCGGCGGGGGGUUGGUUGGUUGGUCCUUGCUUGUGAAAGCCAGCCAGCCCCGUGAGCGCGGUCUACCACCAGUAUCGGGGUAGUCGCCUGUUCUCGACACGGACAGAGAGGACGGAGAGAGACCGCUCACGGCACAUGCGGCGCAUGCUGACGCGCGCGGUAGGUUCGGAUGGCGGGUCCCGAGUUUCGUGUCCCGCGACCGGUUCAGUUCGGUGAAGGUGAAGAAGAACGAUCAAAGGCUGCUUUAAAUGCAGCCCUCGGUGGCGGCGGUGGUGGCUCUCAGCCGCCGUUUGAGGAGUUGGGAGGGGUUAAGUAGCUGUCGCUCGCGUCUCUCCAGCCGACAACUACCUGCUUUAUUUAUUGGGUGGGUUGAGGGGUGGGGGGGAUUCAUGUAUACAAAGGAUAUAAAGGUGCGUAAAAGCACUUCACACGGAUGUCAAUAACGGCAUAAUGCUGUGAAUAGCGCUGUACACUGCAAUAGCGGAGCCGCUCGCUCUAACACUCGAGACCAGGCCUCUGGAUUGUCAGAGCUAAACCUUGCACCCUAACCAUGACCUAGGUUGUACUCUGCAUGUGUGCGCCUCCUCUGUGUCAAACGGUUACUCUCGGUGCUUAAAUAACCGCACGUGGGAAGCUAUCGCGACGUCACAAGAGUGACGUGUCAUCAUCCUGUGACGUCCCUCGCCGUCAGCUUGGGUUGGCGCACGCGGUGGUGCGCUGCUACCUGCGAAAUGUCUUCGUCGCGAGCCGAUAUUACAACUGGAGUGUAACUUGGAAUAAAUGCGAAAACACACCACACACAAAAGCUAGCUAAACAAUGCAAUCGCACACCGCUAUGGCUUGGUUGUAGCCGCUUACCCCUGGAGCCGCUUGUAAAUGAGAUGUUCGUGGAAGCUGCCCCGGUAGUCGUCGAGCGGAGAUCGGUGGUCGAUGGCGUUCAACACGUCUCGUUAACGUUGUCUGUCGCGUGUGAUGUUGAUUGUAGGUGGAGAAAAGAAAUGAAAUCCUCGCCGUAAGUUAUUUUACCCAAACAAUGGCAUCUCGCUCCAGGGAGAGCCGCGCAGCAUCGAUGAUUUAGGUCUUCAGAAUAAAUUGUCUUUGAGUCGAAGACUGACACCUUCGCAACCUCGCACCCCCAAACCCCCUCGGCUAUUAAAGAGUCCAAAGUCGCCUGGCGUUCAAGGCAGAGGCCGUUUUCUGUUGUGCUCUGUGUGGCUUCCGAGAAGUUUUAGUUGCAAGUCAAUGAGAUAAGGAAACGGAAGAAUACGUGCCGAUAGAUUUUAUUUUCGUAACCUAUGGCUCACGGUCACCUUAAAUCCAGACCUGGUAAAGACUAACCACUUUGCUUUCUUUUUGCAAUUAGGAAAAAAAUUUUUUAAAUAAUAUAUAUACUGUAUAAUGAACAGGGAAGUGUGGCGCACAGAGAUUUUGUAAUGAUGCAUAAACACUAUUACAUAAGCCUGUUUGUACACUUAAUAUCCGAACUGGCUUCUCUCGGUGUGCUCAAAGUGUGGUUUUAAACUGCCCAUGGGUUGUUGAUGUGGUGUGAGUGUGUGUACAUGCACCACGAAGGGCCCUGUGUAUAUGUGUUCAAUUACCCAGCAUUCGUGUGCGUGAAGUCGUUAAUCCUACCUAAUUGUAUAUUAUACACUGUUCAUUGUUAAAUAAAGGUGCGUAUGUUAUAAAGUGA